AUGAAAGGUCCGACAUACGUAGAAAGAGACUCUGGUAUUGAAAAAUAUAGGCUAAGGUGUCUCCAAAUUCAUCAUCAGCGUUUGAAUGCCAUUCAGAACGCCAAAAGAGAAGAAUAUUCGAUAGCUCAAGGUUUUAAAAUUAGUAAAUAAAGAACGUGAAAUUGAAGAAAGAUGCCUCCAGAACAAGCUAAGAGCUAAUGAGUUUAGAGAAACUGAGUACUGAACCAAACUUGAUCGGGAAAAUGACAAAUUAAUGAGGAAGCUCCUUAACCUUACUACAAACAAUCCUUUGGCUAAGAGCAAAUGAUCAAGAAUUAGAAAGAUGAAGACAAAGCCUCAAAAUAAGAGAAAAGCUAGGCUGAAGCAAAUGAAUUCACCUAAAUAACAGCCUGAAUUAUUCUCAUAGAGUCAGUGAAUAUCGUAAAAUAGUUGCUGAGAAUCAUUCUAUGGCACAGAGGAUCCUUCAGAAGAAACCUCAUUUUAAACUGAAAAAAUUUGAAGAUGAUUAUAAAAAGCAUUUGAGGUACAAAAAUCAGAUUCAAAAGGUUAAGAAAGGAAAAGGGUGUUUCCUACCAAGUCUGAGGAACCUCAAAUCGAAUAGAUCGAUUAUGAAUAUCCAGAGGAACUCAAGACAAAGAAAUAGCACAAGAGGGAUUCUAAGGACUUUCAAUACCAGGAAUCAGGAUGAACUAAAUUACUCAACUCAUUGACAUACCUUUGUACCAGCUUCAAGAAAUCUUACUGCAGAAAGGUGUGGGAUAGGAUAUAACAUACUCGAUGAAAGUGACAUCUAAUUUGAACGUUGGGAGUUUUCAACCCUA